GGAGAAACUGAAUUUUGGUGGAAAUGGAAGGAAAAUGAAAGGAAAGCGAGUCUGCAUGUGUUAGUCUUUAAAUUGUGUGAAACAUUUGUAAUGUUCUAAAUAACGUGUAGACAAUUGGAGUUCCAUUCAGUUGUCUGAGUCUGAGAACAUCGUUCUUUUGUUGAUUUUCUUUUAAACAAAAAUGAAUAAUAAAACAGCUACAAAGAGAAAACGGCUGAGAGAAAGAGGAGAGAUGUCGUGCCUGAGCUUGUAAGCAGUUAAAUGAUCUGCUGACAGAAACCCAGUACAUGAAACCUUUCAGCAGUUUGACCUGUUAAUGUGUGUGAGAUCCUGCUGAGGGUCAUUUCCAUAGUAAAGUGUGACCUGCUGUGUAUUGGAGCUGUGAAAGCUCCUGAUUUCCUCUGUGAUAAUCGUAUUUCUAGUUUGCGCUCAUUAACACUGAAUGAAAAGCAUCACGUUUAAAGAGGAGCCAUGGGGCUGUUCACACCUUCCAUCACCUGUCUAGACUCCAGCUUCCGGUAAUCACAACCGGAAAUCAGCUCUCCGUGUCUUCUAGCUGAAUUCAAUCAAAUCAAACAUACAUUACUGAUCACCAACACUGAACUACUGAACCCGGAUCACGAAUUAGAACUAACAUUUUAUUAUUAUUAUUAUUAUUAUUAUUAUUAUUAUUCGUUUUUCUGGAUCGUCUGGUGUCUAGAAUGAUUAGAAAUCUGAACCCUGUGCUCUAAGCUUGGCCUGAUUUCCAACAGCAGUUUUCAUUUCGUUGAAUUGGCGGUGAAGGAAACGUGAAUGUGAAUCGAGUGUUUUGUGAAUGAAUUUAGUCUCAGUCAGGAAAUGAGCUCGAACUCGGGGGCCGUCAAUGAACCUGCGGGGGGACACGACCCAGAACCAGAACCCAGAAACCCAGAAACCCGGCAUGUGAAACCAGGACCAGGGGCCACUUAAAGGAGAAGUCACAAUCAUUUUCUCCUCCCCGGUUUUCCUUACAAAUCAACAGCAUCCUGUUCUUUUGUGGAUCCCACAUGCCCCGACACCGCCUGCGCUUUUUUUUGUUCCCCAGCGCGCGCGGAAUAAUCAUAACAAAGCAGAGAUGAUAAUAUGCGCAAACUGUCAGCUGUUCCUCAAACCGGGUCUCAACCGCUUCCACACACCGGGAUAAAGUCCAGCCGAGCUAAAAAUUAAUCUCUAUCCAGCUAAUACAGCGACGACAUCAAGCACGCGCGCGCGCGCGCACACGCUGCGUAUCGUCACCGUUCUGCAGUGCGCGUAGGCAAACCAAUGACUCAUGGACACUUGAAAUAGAUUUGUUAGGUCUUUGAACUGGUAUUGAAUGUUCUAAACGCGCACCUCUUGGUCCUGUUUCACACUCUGUCCUGUCUUAUUCGGAUCUGCGUUUUAUUUGAAAUGUAUUUAUUCAUUCAUGAAAAUGAAGCUCACAGACUCUUUAUUCGUUUAAUCCACUCUGACAUUGCCCUUGGUGACGAAAAACUCCCCCUCCGCCAUCUCUCUCUCUCUCUCUCUCUCUCUUUUGUCUCUUCCAUUCAUGAAACGAUCCAAUGCACGCAUGCGCAGUGAAAUCCGGAGCUCUCCCAUUCAUAAAAGUGUAACCCCCCACGCUUCUGCGUCCGGAGUCGUUAUUCCCUCCCAUUCACAAAAAAAAGCCCAAGUCUGAGCAUCUGCGCAGUUCAUCUCCUUUCCCUCCCAUUCAUAAAAACCCACUCCCCCCUCUGUGGUCGAACUCCGUGUCAGAACCCCGUGUCCUGUCUGCAGCUCACACUGCGCUCAUGCUGCUCCGGAUUUCUCACCUCGGCUCGUUUUGGGGUUUUUUUGUUUUGUUUUUUUGUUACGUUUUACACGGAUCUACUGCUUCAGUGUUGGAAUAUAAAACCCGAAGCUCCUCCACCAUGCGCUCUUCUCUAAAACAAGUCUAGUAGAUGCUGACCUGAGCUCUUUUUGGUGUAUGAGGGACACAACCUACAGAUGGAGUCAAGGGUUGCUCACCACAUUCCUGGAGUCUCUUCGUCCAUGAUGGUGCAACCUUUGCUGGACAGCAGGGUCCCUUAUGGUCGGCUUCAGCACCCGUUGACCAUCUAUCCUAUAGACCAGAUGAAGUCCUUGCAUGUGGAGAACGACUACAUCGACAGCCCUGCAGUGGUUUCACAGCAGCCUCCAAGCCACAAGGUGGCCACCAGGGGGCAGGAAGUCCUGCUCGGAGCUCAGCACCAUCCUCAACUGUCUCGCUGCGAAGCCCCAGAUGCCACCACCCACCCCUGGAUCUCAUUCAGCGGCCGACCCAGCUCCAUCAGCAGCAGUAGCAGCACCUCUUCCGAUCAGCGGUUGCUCGAGCAUGCGGCCCCCACCCCUUUGGUGGACUCUUACUCAAGCGGAGGAGGCCAUGCCAGGACCCUGGGAACAGAGCAACCAAAGCGUCCAGGGUCCAAACCCCAGCACUCGAAAACAGGGGUUGCCAUGCCGACCGAGAAAAACCAUUUGCCUUUGUGCGACAAGUGUGGAAAGUGCAGGUGUACAGAGUGUACCCUGCCCCGGACCCUUCCCUCAUGUUGGGUGUGCAACCAGGAGUGUUUGUGCUCAGCCCAGAACCUAGUGGACUCCGCCACCUGCAUGUGCCUAGUCAAAGGCGUGUUCUACCACUGCACCGAGGACGAGGACGAGGAAGGCUCCUGCGCAGACAAGCCGUGCUCCUGUUCACACUCAAACUGCUGCGCUCGCUGGUCCUUCAUGGCGGCCAUUUCACUCGUGCUGCCAUGCCUCGUGUGCUAUCUGCCUGCCGUGGGUUGUGCCAAGGUCUCACAGAAAUGCUACGACAGCCUGAGGCGCCCGGGCUGCCGAUGCAAAAGUGCUCAGGCCUGCAUGGUGGCAGAGGUCAAGAACUGUCCUCUGGAGAAGCAGGCCUCAUGAUGUCAUGUCCAAAAGAAAUCUACGAAGAAGGACUUUGAGCAGAAGGUGACGGACCCUUCUCCAGUUCUUGCGUACUUCCCCCCAAAUCAUGGUACUUAAAGGAUUCACGCUCGAUCCGUACUGUCACAGUGUAACACCACAAUGCUUGAUCAUGAUGUUUGCUAGAACGACUGGCGCAAGUCUUAAGUGUAACUACAAAGAGAGAAGGCCUUUUUUCUGUUGGGGUGUUUUCUCUGUAGGAUCAAAGCGUUCUGCGAUUUCACCCUCUAGUUAAAACAUUUGCCAUCACAGAAUGCUGCAAAAAUGUCUGUUUUCUCCUUUGGUGAUUUUGCCUCUGGGUGGCUUGGAACAGUUAAAGUAAAUAUCACCUAUUCAACAGCGUUCUAUACUUUGGCAAUCCCUCCCCGGAUCUGGCACUGAGAAAAGGUUGCAGUGCAUUCCAGGCUGAUAACAUGUUACAAUCGAAAUAACUAGACUUUAUACCUCCAUGCCCACUUAUAAGCUUGUUAUAGAGCUUUUCCUCUCUUUUCUUGAGGUGAGAACAGAAGGCAUCAUUGUUUUUGGUCAAAGGAAAUCAAGUUCCUUUGUUACCCAGAAAUGCAGUUACUUCUUUGGAAAAAUAAACAAGAGCUCAGUAUACACCUCUGCAGAAUAGCUGGCUGUCCAUCACCGGAAGGACAGGUUUGUGGGGUUUUUAAUGGCAAGUGACUUUCACGUGUACUCUAAUGCAUGUCACUGUACAUGAACUUCCACAAGAUUUCUUCCAAAUACUAGCAGUUCGAUUUGUUAUAGAAAACAUAUCACCUCAGGGAGCACAAUUUUCACAUCUUAUGUAUAAGUAUAUAACUACAACAUGGAUGACAAUUUAAUAGGAAUGAAAGCAUCCAUAAGCUACAGGAGAAACGGUUCAGCAGGAGGGUUAUCCAAAAAUAUUCAGCUUUCAGUAAAACGCCUAAAAAACGAAUGACAAGCACAGCAUUAUGUACAAACGCAUGUACGAUUAUUGUAAUUAGUGACAUUCUACUAGUUUGCCAUGUACCGAUCCCCUCCAGAUGAACUCUGAUCCCCUCCAGAUGAACUCUGAUCCCCUCCAGGUGAAACUCUGCUCCUCAUAGGAUCCGCUAUUAUGCAGUUUUGUGGUUUGUCUAGAACUUUAGGUCUACAGAUCAUUUACCAAAGGAGUUCUAGUCUGCAAUGUUUCUUUUGUGUGGGUAAAGCUUUUUGUGAUUUAACACACCAGUCCCACAGUAAGGUACGAUACGUUCCGAUAUUGUAAGGCGACGACACCCACCGUUCCAUUUACUAAACUAAAUUCCCGCGAUGCUCAUUUCAUCAAUCAACUCUUAACGUUUUAUAUUCGGAUGUUUGUACCCAUCUUUGUUGCACAAAUCAGAAAAGAAGAAGAAGAAAAAAAAAACUACUGUUUCUUAAGUCUUGAAUGUAUAAAGGCUAGGGAUUAAGUCUUUGCAAUCUAAUUCUCGGAUAGGUGCCAAAGUAGAGACGCACGAGGAGGCUUGUGUAGAGUCGCAUAGACGCAAAAGUCGCAAAUGUAUCAUUAAUAUUCUAGAAUUAGAACUAUGCAGGUUCCAUGCUCUUGUAAAUAGUUUGGAGAAAACUAGCCGUCUUAAAGAUGCAUUUCAAAUGUUUUAAAGAGUUGCAUGGUACAAUUGAAUUACAAUUCAGUACAAAAGUAAUUAUAAAUAUAUAUUAUAAUAUAAUAUUAUAAUAUAGAUGAAUA